AUGUCAGAACGUCCAGCAAAACGUAUUCGCCAAGCAUGUGAGCCAUGUCGGCGCAAGAAAACAAGAUGUCCGGGUGAAAAACCAAUUUGCUCACAUUGUGCAAGAUUAAGACAAAAUUGUUAUUAUGCUGAUGAUGGUUUAAAUCAUGUCAAUGAGAGAACCUCGAUUGAGAGAACUCCACUACCAACACCGACUCGAAUACCAGAGAGAAGCCAUGUGAGAUCAUCAAAUGAUAUAAACUUGGAAGAUAGAUUGAAAUCAGUUGAGGCUCAACUUGCAGAAGUCCUUUCAAAUCAAGUAUCCAUGAGUAGGAGUGCGUCAAGACAUAUGUCAAAUUCCCCUGUUUUAUCACAGUUGGGACAGACAAUGAGAACACCAAAUGUUUUUAGGCUUUCGAGUAGCAAACUUCCACCAUAUGAGGCAGUCAUAAGUAUUGCAAAAACUUACUUACUAUACUGCGAUUGUCAACCACUUCCUGUAUUUUGUCGGAAGAGAUUUGUUGAAACACUCAACGACCGUGAUCCAGAAGUAAUUUUCUCUAUCCUAGCUUUGGCAAUACGCUUUUCAGACGAUGAUAUCUUCCGGGAUAAUCAAUCUGAACUCACUACGGGAUAUAUAGAGGCAGCUCAAUCGAUCAUCUCCGCCAGAAUAUUUGGAGGUCGAGUAGAACUUUCAACACUACAAUCUUUAUGCCUUCUUAGUUUAGUAGACUUCACUAAUGGGAAUACACGACAAGCAAGUGUAAAUAGUAGUUUAGCCAUGAGUUUAGCCCAUAAUGCUGGUCUCACGACUGAAACUCAUGCACCUUUAUCUGAUUCGUUACGUGAAGAACGUCGACGAUGUUUUUGGAGUUUAUUCCUCCUCAAAAGAUUACACGGAGCAGAGUUUAGUGUUAUAGAUUUUGCAGGUGAAGAUAAAUUUCCAUGGUAUCCAGAAACCACUGGGAAACCAUUAAAUCAUGGGCAAUUUACCAAUGGAGAAACUCCCGACCUUUCAUCUCCAGAGUUUACUAUAUCUGAUACUCAAGAUAAAGGUGUCGUUGCUUAUGCCAUUCAGCUUAGUGAAGUGUGGUUUAAGAUUACCCGCUACGCGAGGAGACGUGGAAAUCCAAGUACCUUACCUCCUUGGUCUCCUCAAUCAGACUACGCAUUAAUCAUGGCUCAACAAAUGGACUUUGAAACCCGUACCUCACAAAUUCAUCGCUUCAAAUCAGCCAAAUUCUCUCAAAGGACUUCCGAAGAAUUACAUGCCAAUCGAGAUUAUUGGGGUCCUUGGUUAUUCAUUCAAUUUUUAUAUCACACAAACCUUUGCCUAUUAAAUAAUCCACUUUUGUUAUCACUUCGAUUAAAACAUCUCAAAUCUAAUAUUCCAGAAAUAUUCUUACAACAUAUUUCAGAUUUGAUCUCAUCACAUGCUAGUUGGGUCAUUAGAUAUAUUGAUAUGUUGGAAGUUAAAUCCUUCAAAGUCUCUGAUCCAUUUCUUGCUCAUUGUGUAGCAAUCAUUGCAACGAUAUAUUUACAAGAAUGUUUUGCUGAUGAUCCAAUUGUACGACAAGAAAAACGAGACAACUUUGAUAAGUGUUUGAAAUUUAUACGAGACUUUAAAGAAUGGCCUCAUGUUGCUCGAAUGGCGGAAAAACUUCAACGUCUUUGUGAUACAGUUUCAUCCACUUAUACAAAUCCUGAUGCACCACCACAAACUCCUAAUCGUAGUCUUCUCAUUGACCUAGGUCAAUUUUGGGAAAUUCUAGAAUACUCUUCCUCGAGUGAAAUCCCCGCAUUGGCUCGUCGUCUUUUCGGACCAUCAUUAUAUUCGGCUUCAAUUCCUACUACUCAUGAAAUUAGUCAUGCUUCAUCAUUACCAGAACCAACUAGAGUUGAUAGACAAGAUUUUGAGGGAUCCGGUCCGAAUUCUGUUAAUACUAGUGUGGUGAAUCUAGGAAAUGGAACAACAGAUCAAGAACAAGAGCAAGAAUUUGUUCAACCACCAUUUCAUUAUUCUGAUGAUGAAUUGGCAGUUUUGGCGGAGAGUUUUUUCCAUCAAAGGGGUGAUGGAAUGGGUCAUAUGGAGGAUUGGUGGAGUACUGGGAAUUUUAGUUGA